AAUUAAAGAUCAAUUAUAGUAUAUAAGUAUUCGGUAAUAUGGGUUAUUCAAAAGAUUAGUAUUCAAUACACAGUAAGCGUAAAAAAACCUAAAACCUGUUUCACAAAUCGGUUCCUAAAAUAAGUUACGCGUCACCUUUUAUACCAUGGGAGAGGUUAUUGCAUUGCGUGGCAAAUUUGGUUGACAUAUGAGAAUUUAGCGAACUGUGCCAGGUGGGGUUUAUCCAUUUUUGCUUACUAGCAGAAAUAUAUUAACAAUAUUUGUUCUAACAAAUCAUUAAAUCGUAUGAUUCUAUUUUAAAUUUAAAACACAAGAUAAUUUUUAAGUGCAGUGACACGCGGGAAUAGCCAUUUUAAAAUCCCGCGCGAAUUUUAAAACGGACUGCCUUUUAUUACGUCAUAAAGGUUACACGAUGCAGUUCAAUGUACAAUAUUCUUUAAAAACAAUGUUAUUGAUAUGUGUUUAUAACUUUUUUAUUCUAUAUAAUAUUUAUACAGGCGUUAGAAAGUGAUAUCGUACGAGCCAAUAAUGGCAAGUCAAAGUUCGGACUACUUUUUUGACCGAAGUCAGAGUUUGUUUCCCGAUUCGCAACAAGUUUUCAGCGGCAUCGGAUCAACGCCACCCCCGCUUUUUACACAAGAUAAAACUAACAAAAGAUCCUUCAAUCCUCCAUCUAAAAUUCAAAGUGAUUUUUGUGCAAGGUCCAACAGCAGAAACACCACAAAGCCUGACAAUUCAAACCAAGGUUUUUGCAUUCCUGCUUCUCCAAUACCUCAGCCAGAGCUACCAAAAUUUCGAGCACCGUUUUCGCAGCACACAGUUAGCCAAAAAGUAACAGGCAAUGGAAAACUACACCAUUUCCCAUCUACCCUAGCCCCUGAAGCUUUGUCUAGAGUUGAAAAUUUUAUUAACAAAAGAAGAAGUUUUCCAGCAGCGAGCCAAUCACAGAAGAAAACAUGGCAGGCUCCGAAAACAGCUCCUAUUGACCUCAGGUCACCUCCAGCAAAGAAAGAAAAGCUAAUGACGGUGCCUGAGACACCAUUUGUGGUAAAUAAAAAGAUCGCAGCAUCCGAAGAGAGCUUUGAUCUUAACUUGGAUGACAGUGAUGAGGAAGAUAGAGGAGCGAUCUUUGGACCUUCACUGAGGACGCCAUCUUGUGUCCAACUUCCCCCUAAGAGGACACCCGGUGGUCGUAUGAAGGACGGAGUGAAAUUACGACCAAUCGAAGAAAUUCCUGACAAAUAUCGAUCGGUUUUCAAUGGAAUCCCAUGUUUUAAUGUGGUGCAAUCAAAGGUAUUUGAAGAUGCUUUAUACACCAACAAGCCGUUAGUGGUGUGUGCUCCAACUGGUUCUGGGAAAACUGUGAUAUUUGAACUUGCAAUUGUAAGGAUGCUCGUUAAUAGUGGUGGGAACCCACAAGGGAAACGUAAAGGAGGAAACAGCAUGUCAAAAGUUGUUUAUAUGGCUCCAAUCAAAGCACUUUGUACUGAGAGACAUGAGGAUUGGUCGAGGAAAUUCUCACCUCUUGGCUUAGAAUGCCAGGAGUUGACUGGAGAUUCAGAUAUUGAUGAUUUCUGGCAACUUCAGAAAGCCGACAUCAUCCUUACUACUCCUGAGAAAUGGGACAGUAUGACACGUAGAUGGAGGGACAACACGUCACUUGUUAGGAGGGUCCAUCUUUUUCUUAUUGAUGAAGUUCAUCUCCUGAAUGAUGAGGCUAGAGGUGCUACUAUGGAGGCGGUAGUAAGCAGAAUGAAGACUGUGCAGUCAUGUACAAACGCAGGCAAAGAUACAGGGUUAAGGUUUGUGGCAGUGUCAGCUACUAUUCCCAACACAGAAGAUAUAGCAGAGUGGUUGGGAACCUCUGGCCAGCCUGCAGUAGCGUUUGACAUGGAUGAAAGCUACCGUCCAGUAAAUUUCUGUUACUAUUUUGCUUUUGGAAAUGUGUAA